GCCACAUCAGAUCUGUAGCAUCUGCCAGCACAGUUGAAGCUAUGGUGUCAAUGAGAGUUACAGUGAUGGCAGUGACACUUGUUGCUCUUUGUGUCCUGGCUACAAACAYGCAUGCAGCUUAUAUUUAUUGCUGUAGAAGAUACAUCCCAUUUAAAAUCCCUUUUUUAGAGAUCAAGGGCUUUUCACUGCAGAGAAGUAGCGAAUUGUGUCCGACCAGAGCCAUCAUUUUCCACACAAAGAAAGGCAAAAGAUGUGCUGACCCUUGUUUGAAAUGGGUGAUGGACUACGUCAGCCAAAUAGAAAAUAUGGCAAAGAAGAUAUCGAUCCGAAGUCGCAGACAUGCCCCAGACUACUUCAACCGUGGAGGAUCUUGCAGUUCUGUUGCACCAAAAGAUCAUCAGAAGCCAAAGCCCCGGCCAAAGCAGAGCCUUACCGUGGCGCCGAACAAAAUCAUCACAGAUGGGCCCCCGCCUGUGAAAUUGUGUAAAUGGUAGAAAACGUAUCAACAUGUACCUUUAUCAACACAUAACUGAUAAUGCAUUAUGUUAUUUCUAUUUCAUUCCAUGUUUUUUUUUCAUUCUAUCAACUAUACUCUGUUUUCUUUAUGUAGCUUUCUGCUCAGAAAAGCUUCURGAUUAUUUUCCUGUUGUAGAAUAUUAACAUUCACACAAAUGCCAAAAUCUAUGAGUUUAUAAACUGUCAUUGUACACUGUUUGUUAUAAUAAUUUUAAUUAAGUUGUAUACAAAUACAAUCAAAUAAAAAU